AGGCCCCGGGCCCCCUGCUCCACGGGUCAGGUCCGUUAGUCGUGUGCCGGCGGGCGCGGAGGACGAACAAAGAAGCGAGUGAGUGCGUGGCUCUCGGAAAGUGCAGUGCGGCGUGGUUCUGUGCGUGUGAGUGCGUGCGGCCGAAAAUGUGAGUGAUGCAACGAGUGCGUAAUAUAGUCGAAUCAGUGUAACACCUUCCAAGAUAGAUAGUGUGUAAUGGAUUAGCCCAAAUGCAACGAAUACUGGAUCUUCAGAAGAACGGGAAUCUUACAAUGGGGCCCCCUCAGCCGGGCCAGCCGUUCAAGUUCACCGUCGGCGAGUCCUGCGACCGCAUCAAGGAAGAGUUCAACUUCCUGCAGGCGCAGUACCACAAUCUCAAGCUGGAGUGUGAGAAGUUAGCGAGUGAGAAAAUCGAGAUCCAGCGGCACUACGUUAUGUACUACGAGAUGUCGUACGGUCUCAACGUGGAGAUGCACAAGCAGACGGAAAUUGCCAAGAGGCUCAACGCUAUUAUUGCGCAGAUCCUCCCGUUCUUAUCUCAGGAGCACCAGCAGCAGGUGGCGUCCGCCGUGGAGCGAGCCAAGCAGGUCACCAUGACGGAGCUCAACGCCAUCAUCGGGCAACAGCGUCCCGACUUGCCUCGGUUGCUGCAGCAGAUGCACGCGCAGCAGCUGCCUCACGCGGCGCACGCGCCGCCCAUCCCCAUGAUGCCGCACCCGGGGCUGCCCGGCCCGCCGUCCAGCGCCGCGUCGCUGCUGGGGCUGUCGGGCGCGCUGGCGGGGCCCGGCGCGCACCCGCUCUCCAUGCUGGGCUCCAAGCCGGAGCUGCACCGCGACGAGGUCAAGAGCAACAGCGGCCUGAACUCAGCGGAAGAGCGCCAUAGAAAUUCAAUCUCCCCUGCAGAAAGAGAGAAAUACCGACCUCGUAGUUCACCUGACCCUGAACACAAAAAAAUGAAAAAGGAAGAAAAAGACUGCCAUGCAAGCGAUGGAGAAAAGAGUGACCAAGACUUAGUUGUUGAUGAUGCCAGUGAGGAUCCUGUAUCUCCACCAAAUGGAACAGCUUCUCCUAGAGAGAAUGGACUGGACAAACUUGCACCAAAGAAAGAGCAUAUUGGUCCCCACAGUCCAAGAAGUGGAACUUCCUCCAAUGCCAGCACACCAUCAACAAAAAAAUUGGAUGGAGAGAAACCUACAACUCCAAUUUCCAAAUCUGUGACUCCUACCAGUGGAGGUAGUGGCAGCAGUGGAGCAGCUGGAAGCAGCGGCUUGAAACCUUUAGUAAAACCUCCAACUCUUGCACAGUAUCCGCAUUACCUGCCAGCUGCUCCUCCCGAACUGCAAGCUGGUCCAUAUGGAGCUCUGAACCACAACUUACCUCCUGCCAUCAACUACCCUCGGCCUCCGUUGGUCAGCUACGACCCUCAUUCUCAAAUGAGAGCACCCCUUGUUCCUGGCGGCAUACCUGGAGGAAAACCAGCUUAUUCCUUUCACGUGAGUGCUGAUGGACAGAUGCAACCUGUUCCUUUCCCCCCUGAUGCUCUCAUUGGUCCUGGAAUUCCCAGACAUGCUCGUCAAAUCAACACAUUAAGCCAUGGGGAAGUAGUAUGUGCAGUUACCAUUAGCAAUCCUACAAAAUAUGUGUACACUGGUGGAAAAGGAUGUGUCAAAGUUUGGGAUAUAAGUCAACCAGGAUCAAAGAGUCCUGUCUCUCAACUUGAUUGCCUGCAAAGAGAUAACUACAUUCGAUCUGUGAAAUUGCUACCUGAUGGAAGAACUCUCAUUGUGGGUGGAGAAGCAAGUAAUUUGAGCAUAUGGGAUCUUGCUUCACCUACACCUCGAAUUAAGGCUGAAUUAACAUCUAGUGCCCCAGCAUGUUAUGCGUUGGCUAUUAGUCCUGAUUCUAAGGUGUGCUUCAGUUGCUGUUCUGAUGGCAAUAUUGCUGUAUGGGACUUGCACAACCAAACUCUUGUUCGCCAAUUUCAAGGGCACACUGAUGGAGCAUCAUGUAUUGACAUUUCUGCUGAUGGUACAAAAUUGUGGACAGGAGGAUUGGAUAACACAGUUCGUUCCUGGGACUUGCGUGAAGGGCGACAACUUCAACAACAUGAUUUCACAUCGCAAAUAUUCUCACUGGGAUAUUGUCCAACAGGAGAAUGGCUGGCUGUUGGCAUGGAGAAUUCAAAUGUUGAGGUCUUGCAUGCUGCGAAGCCUGACAAGUAUCAACUUCAUCUUCAUGAAUCGUGUGUGUUAUCUCUGAGGUUUGCUGCCUGUGGCAAAUGGUUUGUUUCUACUGGAAAGGACAAUUUACUGAAUGCUUGGAGGACACCUUAUGGAGCCUCAAUAUUCCAGUCAAAAGAAUCAUCAUCUGUUCUAAGCUGCGACAUUUCUGCUGAUGACAAGUAUAUAGUGACUGGAUCUGGAGACAAGAAAGCAACUGUGUAUGAGGUUAUCUACUGACCUCAAAGCGUGUGGUAAAUGAAGGCAUAAAUUGUAAGAAUGUGAUGAAAUUUUUAUUUUCUUUUACUGUGAUUUAGUGAGAUUUCAAGAUAUGUGAAUGAGUGAUUAUUCUGCAGAAGACAUUAAGCUUAUGAAUGUUUUGUGAACAAACAUUUAACUGUUCACUUACAAAUAAACAAACAGUUAAUAAAUGAACUUAAUGUGACUUGAAGUUUCCUUUAAUUGAAAAGUAUGAGGACACUAUGAAGAAAUACGGUGCCUGCUUAAAAGUUUUAUGAAAUGAUUUUGAAUAUGGACUCAAGUUCAUUUCAUUCAUGUGUUGAAUAAUGGUGCAAAUGUUUUGAAAAAGUGCUACAGUGUGUUGACUGACUGUUCACUCACCAUUCACAGAAGUUCUGAAUGAUACAGAGAAACUGCUUUUGUAGUGAACGACUGUGAUGGAGAAAUGUGAGGAGAAUGAAACUCUUUAAUCAUAUUUAAGAGAUUAUUUCUAGGGGCCUAUUGUAUAGAGAAGUUAUACGGCACCACACUUUUUUGUCGUUUUAUUUUCUUUGUUUAAUUGUUGAUAUACACACAGAAAUCUAUUGAUGUCGUAACACAUUUCAAAAAAUUGUCUAAAUCUUUUUGCCCUUGACAGAAAAUGUGUGUAGCUGUAAAUGUUUUUAUGAGCCCUAUAACAUUCACCCAUUCUUAAGCUGCAACUAUCUCCAUGUGUUAACCCAAAUCAUAUUUCACAGAGUGAAAGAGAAUUCUAUUAUUAUUCCUUUCUUAUGUUCUUACACAGCAUUAUGAUCAAUGUGAUUUCAUUUUAAUUACAUAUUUGUAUACCUGAAAUUAACCUUGCUGCUAGUACAGGAUGUGCUUCAUGAAACAAAUAUGAAAAAAAUUAACAAUGGCACACAUUCAUUGACAAUAUUUUUAAACAUUCAUUUGAGUUCAUUUAAAUUUUAUUUAUCAUUAUCAAGAAUUUGGUAUUGAUUUUUUGUUGAACAAUUUGCUCAAGGGUUUCUGUUGUGACUUAUAUCCUUUGUUAUGUAUUAAAAGGACGAUUUUUAAAAUACUUCAUUAGAAGCAUUUAGAUCUUCUUAUUUUUCCACCUUCUUACUGUAUAGUAUGCAUUUUUUAAAUUAUGUAUUCUUCAUAAUUAUUGUUUCAUCAUGUAACAGGCUGUCUAUUUCUGACAAAAUGUAUGUUAUGCACAUAACAGAAGAUGCAGCUCAUCUCAAGCAUUGCACUUUUUUAAUUAGUCAGCUAAUGCUACAAACAAUCUGCUAUCCUUCUGUUAUCUCGUGUAUUUCAUGCAAAAAAUAAUUUUGGUUUUCAGCAACAAAAAAGAAGUGUUUGUUUUCAUAAAUCUUAAUAAUGCUGUUGAGUUAAAAUGAAACUGCGCAUAAUAAAAUACAGUGCAUUUAUUUAUUUGCAAACAGAAAUGAAAGUUGUGUAAUUAUUUUGGUGAAUUUUUAAGCAAUUUUAUGUACAUUUUGCUGUUCCAUCAUGCUAAAUAUUCACAUCAAGACGUGAAAUUCAGGAAUAAUGAAAUUCUUUUCAGUUUUUCUUUCCUGACUAUGGUUGAAAACUGUGUUAAUUGCACUUUAAAAUUUGAUAUCGAUUGAAUGUGUGUUGAUGUUAUUAAACAUCCUUUCUUAUUCGUAAGAGUGUGGCCUGAAGUCAACUCUUGAUUAUUAAAUGCAACAUUAGAAAUAGGUCAUAUAUUUAGAGUAUAAAAAUAUGUUAACUUGUUACCUAUAUUGAAGUUGUUGAUGUUUAAAGUACUAGAUACAAUUAUACAUCAUGUCAUUGAAAAUAUGCCGUGUAUUAUAAAAGCAUUUAUGUUAAAAAUUUUCUAGAGUUGCUGUACCAUUUUGUACAGCAUGUAGAAGAAUUAUGUCAUAUACUGUUAGCUGUUUGUUUGCCUACAUAAUCAAGAGUUGUCUGGUGAAAUGGGCAUUGAUGAAUUGAGUAUACUUUAGUGUUUGCUUUGAAUGGUUGGAGAGUACUGGCAGCACAAUCUGAUUUUGAUGAGAUAUUGUGGCAUUUUUGAAGUUAUAUGUUUGAUGUGGUCUAUUUUACUUCUCAUCUACAUGCUCUAAUAAUUAAAUACAAGUUACUUCAGGGAUUGUUGAAUAGGCACCAAUGGAUUAUUUUAAUAUUUAACUCAGAUUAGCAUAAAUAUGACCAAUAGCAGAGCACACAACAUGGUACCUCAAAAAAUGCUAAUGCAGUAAACCAUAAUUUGACAGAAGUCAAUAAGAAACUUAUACUUUUCUGAAAAAUUCCUACUUCCCUACACACAACUUACCAAUAUAUUUUGUUUUUACCUCUCUAGCACAGAUGCUUACUGUGAUAUGUGUAAAUAUGAAAAAAGUGGCUGUAAAAUAACCCAGUCACAUAGUUUGCAUUAAAUUGUGCUAUAAAGAUGUUUCACAAAACAGCCUGUGAUUAAUUUGGAUUUUUUGCACUUGUGAGCCAACAAGGAACAAUAUUCUACCUCACAAUAAUGGUAUGCCAUUUUUGUUAAAUUUGUCCACUUGCAACUGACACAAACUAUACAAAUGCUACAACUUAGAAGUUUCAGAAAGAAAGUUGAAACCUUUGUCUACUCAUGUUUUAUACACGUUUCUGAAUUUCGAAAGAAAUUUAAAUUGAAAACAUUUUAUUUGGAUUAUUUUAAAUCCUAUGCUACCUUUAUUGUGUUGCAGCCACUACACUGUGUUUAUGAAGUGAAUUGGACAAGCAGUAUUGUUGCUGCAUUUCCUUUGUUAUAUCUUAGUGUGUCUGGAGUUGUGUGUAUGGGAGCGAGCAAGUAUGUUUUAAAUUGCGCUGAACUAUUCUUCAGUAUUCUAGAAAACUUAAACUGAAAGAAGCAUUGUUGACGUCAGUUCCUAUAAUAAUUCAUCUUUUUUGUAUCUACUUAAUAUUCUCUUAGUAAAACCUCCAAAAACUUCAUCUUACAAAUCAAGUGGCUGAAGCAUGAGUCAAUUUUGUCCCAUGCAAGAGUUUUUGUUUUUCAGAAUUCUUAAUCAUUUUGUAAUAAUAAAAUAAAAGUCACUGUUUUAGGGCAAGAUAUUUUUGUUGCAUUGUGUAAUUAUAAACAUAAACAUUUUCUUUGUGAAUAAUAAAAAAAAUUAUACUCAAUA